AUGCCUUCGACAAGAGUCAGCCUGGUUGUAGCGAUCGCGCAGAUUGUGGCUGCGCAGACGGACUAUUCGAAGUACGUCAACCCGUUCAUUGGCUCCGAAGGACCCAUCGCGGGCUAUGCGUACGGAGGUGGCGAUAUUUUCGUCGGCGGUGCUGUUCCCUACGGAGUUGUCAAGCUUGGAAUCGAUACCUGGGAAGAUCGGAUCGAUAUAGCGACGCUCAAUGGCGGCUAUACACCGAAGGGUACGGUGACCGGCAUCUCCAUGAUGCACGAGUCAGGCACCGGUGGAUGCGCGAAAUAUGGAGUCGUCUCACAGAUGCCGCUUGCUACUGUAACCUCUCCAGUCAACAUUUUGAACGACACGACAUACUGGAAGAAGCGAGUGGGUAAAGACGAAGCGACUGUAGGUUACUUCCAUACUGAUCUAGAAGAUGGGAUCGGCAUAUCUUUAGCUGGUGCGAGGCACGCUGGCAUUAUGAAAUACGACUUUCCUGCCGUUGGAGAGCAGCACGUUCUCGUGGAUGUGUCGCACUUCCUCCCCGACCCUCCAGGUGGCUUCUGUCAGCAAUACUACGUGGAUGGCUCAAUUUCGAUCUCAGAUGAUGGGAAGAACUAUACAGGCCACGGGACGUAUGCUGGCGGCUUCAACCUUGGCGCACCAUACACACUUUAUUUCUGCGGAGAGUUUGACAAUGCACCUGUCGAGGCCAAAACAUUCACAGGAGUCAAUACCACCCGGAUCGUAACAGGUUCGCCUCCGGAGCCGACAUUCGGUGGGAAGAGCGCAGAGGCCGGACGCGAAGGCUACCGAGUCGGUGCUUUGUUCAGCUGGGGCAACACGAAUACCUCCAGCAAGACUUCUACGAUAUUAUCAAAGGUCGGAAUAUCGUUUAUCUCCAAAGAGAAGGCGUGUACGUUCAAAGACACCGAGAUUCCAUCGUGGGACCAGCAAGAGACGGUCAAGGCAGCACAAAAUGAGUGGAACACAAAUAUAUUCAGCACGAUCCAAGUGGAUACGGGUCCAGAAGCAAACCAGACCCUACUGACCCUAUUAUACUCAUCACUAUACUUCAUGCAUCUAAUGCCAUCGGACCGGUCCGGAGAAAAUCCAUUGUGGCAAAGCGAGGAGCCAUCCUGGGACGACUUUUACUGCAUUUGGGACACGUUUCGAAACACGUUCAGCUUGAGCCAUCUGAUCCAGCCCCAUGCCUAUGAGAGUCAGAUCCGUGGGCUAAUAGACAUCUGGCGACACCAAGGAUACAUGCCGGAUGGACGAUCCGGGAACGAUAAUGGUCUCACGCAGGGCGGGAGUAAUGCCGACAACGUACUUGCUGAUGCGUACGUCAAAGGCCUCCGAGGAAAAAUCAACUGGCAAGAUGGAUAUGCAGCCAUGGUCAAAGAUGCCGAGGUCUCCACGAAUGGGAGCAACAAAGAAGGACGCGGAGCUCUCGACGACUGGCUCACGUACGGGUAUCUGACAACUAAUAGCGAACGAUCCAUUUCCCGCACAGUGGAGUAUUCCGCCAACGAUUUUGCCCUCAGCCAAGUCGCCAAAGGCGAGAAGCCCGAUGAUGUUGAAAAGUUUCUCCAGCGAUCUGCAGGAUGGCAGCUGCUCUGGGAUCCCGACGUGCCGAGCGUGAACACUACUCCAGUCUUCAAAGGGUUCCUGACGCCAAAAUCAGCCAAUGGCACUUUCGAAUCAGCCGGUUACAACCCAGCGACAUGCGGUGUAUGCUCAUGGCCAUCAAUCACGUACGAAGGAACGCCUUUCGAGUACUCUUUCGUUAUACCGCACGAUAUGGAGACGCUGGUCGGUCUUAUGGGCGGUAGCGAUGGCUUCGAAUCUCGUCUCGAUUACAUAUUCCUCCCCAAUACUAGCCAGGCUAAUCUCGGGGCAAACGGCGUAGGCAUCACAUCAAUAAUGAACAUCGGAAACGAGCCCGACUUCGCCACGCCGUAUCUCUAUAACUACAUCAACAAGCAGUGGAAGAGCGUGAACCAGUCGCGCGCCCUCGGAAAUCAAUACUUCCGAAACGCCCCCUUUGGCGUCCCAGGCAACUCCGACUCCGGUGCCCUCAACUCGUGGCUCAUCUGGCAGAUGCUCGGCAUGUAUCCCGUCGUCACGCAGUCCGUCUAUCUUCUUGGCUCGCCUUGGUUCUCGGGCAUCAACAUGACCGUCAACGGCAAUACGCUGCGCAUUACGGCCGAUGGGCUGGGGAAAGACAGCUACUUUGUCCAGAGCGUCAAGAUCAAUGGGGAGACAUGGGACCAGAACUGGUUUGAGCAUGAUACCCCGGGACAGCGACUCAUGGUCGAUGGAGGGACGAUCGAGUUCGUGCUUGGUGGUGAGCCGGUAGUGUGGGAGAAGGGCGAUGUGCCGCCCAGUCCGGGACACAUAGUCCUGAACGGAACGGAUGCGAAUAGUCUGUAA